UACCCUAUGAUAAAAAAAACUCCACCUUUUAUCUCUCUUCUCAAGAAAGUGCAGCGUCCAUUCAUAUCCAUCGACGAAAUGGAGAUUGCUUUACUCUCUUCUUCUCCCACUGUAGUAUAGAUGAAAAACAACACCCCUUCUCCUCAACCAACAAUGGCCGUGGACCACACCCUUUACUGCGAAGAAGAAGAAGAAGAAGAAACUAUUCCUAAAAGCGAAAUUACCUCAAACCACAACAACAAUCGGCCCCUUUUCCCAUUCCAAUACGACUCGAAAUGGGACGACGAGGAGCUCCAAUUCCUCCUCCGUAAAGACACAGAACAAAUUACACCUCCCAAAUCCAGUCGCCUCUCUUCAUCAGCUAGAAAUCAAGCCGUCGAAUUCGUUCUCAAAAUCGCUUCGCAUCAUAAAUUCUCAGCCUCCGCCGCCGUCCUCGCCGUCAAUUUCGUCGACAGAUUCUUGCUGAGUUUGGAGGUAGAUGAGAAGAGGCCGUGGCUGACGCAGCUUGUUGCCGUUGCUUGCCUAUCUAUUGCUGCCAAAGUUGAAGAAACUCACGUUCCACUUCUCGUAGACCUUCAAGUGGAGGAUGGGAAGUAUUUGUUUGAGGCGAAGACGAUUAAGAGAAUGGAGCUUUUGAUUCUUUCUGCGCUGGAUUGGAGGAUGAAUCCGGUGACUCCUCUUUCGUUCAUUGAUCAUUUUGUGAGGAGGCUUAGAGUGGAGAAGGGGUUUGCGAUUCAUUUGGAGUUUCUCGCGAGCUGUGAAGAUACUGUGAUUUCCUUCGUUUCCGAUUGGAGGUGUGUGGAAUAUUCGGCAGGUGUUGUGGCGAGUGCGGCGAUGCUUCACGUUGUAAAUCAGGAGGAAUACUGCGGCUAUGCGGUUGAGUGUGAGACGAUGAUGUUUGAGCUCCUUCAUAUCAGUAAGAUGGAAGUGGAAAAGUGUUGCAUGCUUAUCUCAGACAUACAUUCAAACGACAAGAAGAAGAUCUCAAAACGCAGAAACUGCGAAUUGAGUGGAAGCUGCUGCAGUUGGAAUGAUGCAACAGCAACAAUAAUUGAUGGUGAAGUUGCAAAUGAUCAUAACCCUAUUUUAAAGAAACACAAGCAGCAUUGAGGCAUUUAAGCCACCUUCCUCAAUAUUCAAAAUCAUCUCUCCCUCUACACUAAUAUAAUACAGUAUGUAUGCUUGCUGGAAGCAAAGAAAAGUUAAAACCAACACUUGCAAAUCUGUGCACAAACAGAGAAGAGAAGAGAAGAGAGAGAGAGAGGGAUAACUGAGAAUUCACUGAUUCUAUUUAUGGGUAAAUACCAGGACUGCCCCUGGAUUCCAAUUGUGGACAUGCCUAAUUUAAUGAAUGGAGGAAGCAUAACUGUGUGUUUCCAUUUGUAAUAAGUUUCUUACUUUGCAACUUUGUUUGCAUCCUAACAUUGGAAUAAAACAGAUUCAUUUUGUGGAAUUCUGGUAAA